GCGGCGGCGCCGCGUGCGGGCGGACCUUCUCCACGAUGCACGAGCUCGUGACGCACGUGAGCGUGGAGCACGUGGCCUGCGGGGGCGGGGCUUACGGCCCCGCCCAGCUGGAGCAGCUGGAGGAGCGGCAGCAGCAGCAGCAGCACCACGUGUGCCGCUGGCAGAGCUGCCCGCGAGCCGGCAAGCCCUUCAAGGCCAAGUACAAGCUGGUGAACCACGUGAGGGUGCACACGGGCGAGAAGCCCUUCCCGUGCCCCUUCGCCGCGUGCGGGAAGGUGUUCGCUCGCUCCGAGAACCUCAAGAUACACAAGAGGACACACACAGGUGAGAAGCCGUUCGGCUGCGAGUUUGCGGGCUGUGACCGACGUUUCGCGAACAGCAGCGACCGCAAGAAGCACAUGCACGUGCACACCUCGGCCAAGCCCUACCUGUGCAAGCUGUGCGACAAGUCGUACACACACCCCAGCUCCCUGCGGAAACACUUGAAGGUCCACGAGGGGGUUCACGCUUCCCAGCCCUCGCCCGCUGCCAGCUCCGGCUACGAGUCGUCCACUCCUCCCGAAGCAGCAGCAGCAGCCACAACCGCAGCAGCAGCAACAGCAGCAGCAGCAUCAGCAGCAGCCACAACAGCAGCAGCAGCAACGCAGCUGUCCACCGGCGGUUUGGCCAUAAACCACAUCAACAACAACAACAGCGACACCAUCACUCGGCACCAAGUCGCCGGUGAUUCAGGGCCCACGAGGCCACUCACCGCCCCCGCUACAGCCACCGGCUUCCUGCCACAGCACCACCAGGACCAGCACCACCAGGACCAGCACCACCAGAACCAGCACCACCAGGACCAGCACCACCAGAAUCAGCACCACCAGAACCAGCACCUCCCCCGGUCCCCUGGUCCCCUGGUCCCCUGGUCCCCUUGGUCCCCUGGUCCCCUGGUCCCCUGGUCCCCUGGUCCCCUGGUCCCCUGGUACCCUGGUCCCCUGGUCCCCUGGUCCCCUGGUCCCCUGGUCCCCUGGUACCCCGGUCCCCCGGACCCCUGGUCCCCCGGUCCCCUGGUCCCCUGGUCCCCUGGUCCCCUGGUCCCCUGGUCCCCUGGUCCCCUGGUCCCCUGGUCCUCGCGCGUGUCGCUGCUUGAGGGUGGACGCUCGCCCAACCACUGCCGCCACCACCGCUGUUGCUUCUGA